AUGCCUCUCUGCGUGCCUCCCCCCAACCCCCUCCCCCCCCAGCAAGCGGCAUCAGUGGCCGUGGCGCCUCAGCUGCGCCUCUACCACCCGGCACUGCUGCCCCGCCUGCUGGAGGCCAGAGACGUGGGGGGGGGGGUACAUGGUGGGGAGGCAGGUGGUGAACGGGGCACACACAUGAGUGGGGCAGCAGGGCCAGGGGGGGCAGCAGGGAUGGGCGGAGGGGUAUCGGGGAGGACGAAGCGUGCUUCAGGGGGGGUGAGGUUCGCUGCCAGCCCGCGAGUGGUCGUACCCGCCGUGCGCACCGUGCCCCCACUGGCACCGCCGAUGCCCUACGCGGCGGCCAGCAGGGAGGCGUCGCUGCAGCUCUUCUUCCCGGCGCUGCGGCAGCGGCAGCAGCAGCGGUACGGCGGGCUGGAGGGGCUGGAGGGGCUGGAGGGCUUCCCCAUGGGGCUGGGCGAGGGGGGCUACGACGAUGACCACAGCAGCGAGUGGGAGGCGGGCGGCGCGGGGCGCCUGUGGGCGGUGGCGGAGCGGGUGGGGCCGGUGGUGGUGUGCAGUGGGAGUGGCGGCGGGCGCGACUACGAGGUGGAGGAUGCUCGCACCAAGGCCGCUCUCGCAGCCCUGGCAGGGGUGGGCGGGGGUGCUGAGACGCAAGGCCAGGGGGAUGUGGGGAGAAGUGAAAGUGGGGAGAAUGUGGGUUUGCUGGUCGAGGGGCUGGUUCAUUUGUUAGGGGAUGCGAUGAUCCCUUUUGUACCCACUGCACCUUUGUUCAUGCAUCUGUUCAUGUAA